GACGCACGACAACACACCAACUGAAGUGGAAAGCGGCUCCUGUUCUGCUCCUCAUCCCAUUUCGGACGCUGUGUACAAGGCUUCAGGCUGCUGCAGGACUGAAUCCAGAGGAAGAAGUCAGAGUUAAGAAGACAGUCUCGCUUUUGGCUCGUGCGUUAAGUUUGCCUACACUUUUUCGGCUCUUUAUGUCAGCAAAUUACUAUCUUACUUUGUAGGGUUUAUAGCUGGAAAGCAACCAUUUUCGUUCGCUAUCUCGAAGACUAAAAUUGAACUAAUGACGGCAGAGGUCCAGCAGCCCCCAGCGCAGACUCCUGCCCAGAGCAGUCCGAUGUCCGCCCCGGAGAAGCCGCACGGACAGACUGCGGUGAUGGAAACCGCCUCCUCCACUACGAAAACCAAAAAGACAAACGCAGGGAUCCGCAGACCAGAGAAACCCCCAUAUUCAUACAUCGCUUUAAUAGUCAUGGCUAUCCAGAGCUCUCCAACCAAGCGGCUGACGCUCAGUGAAAUAUACCAGUUCCUGCAGAGCCGCUUCCCAUUUUUCAGGGGCUCAUACCAGGGAUGGAAGAACUCCGUGCGUCACAACUUGUCUCUGAACGAGUGCUUCAUUAAGCUGCCCAAGGGCCUCGGUCGGCCAGGGAAGGGCCACUACUGGACUAUCGACCCGGCUAGUGAGUUUAUGUUCGAGGAAGGCUCCUUCAGAAGGAGACCCAGGGGUUUUAGGCGCAAGUGCCAGGCGCUGAAGCCCAUGUACAGCAUGAUGAACGGCCUGGGAUUCAACCACAUCCCCGAGUCCUACAACUUCCAGGGGAGCGGCGGGGGCCUAUCCUGUCCACCCAACAGCUUGUCUCUGGACAGCGGGAUUGGGAUGAUGAAUGGACACUUGGCAGGUAACAUGGAAGGGAUGGGUCUGUCCGGGCACACCAUGUCACACUUGUCGAGCAACGGUGGACAUUCCUACAUGGGAAGUUGUACAGGAUCCAACGGGAGUGAUUAUCCACACCACGACAAUUCCGGCUCCCCUCUGCUCACCAGCGGAGGGGUCAUGGAGCCUCACCCCGUGUACUCGAGCUCAGCCUCGGCGUGGGCUCCGGCCCCCUCGGCCUCUCUGAACAACGGAGCCUACAUAAAGCAGCAGCCUCUGUCUCCUUGUAAUCCAGGGGCAAACUCGCUGCAGCCAAGCUUGCCCACACAUUCACUAGACCAAUCUUACUUGCACCAGAACGGGCACAGUACUACAGAUUUACAAGGUAUACCUCGGUACCAUUCCCAGUCUCCAAGUAUGUGUGACCGAAAGGAGUUUGUCUUCUCGUUCAACGCCAUGACGUCCUCAGCGAUGCACUCACCGAGCAGCAGCUCGUACUACCACCACCAACAGGUCUCCUACCAGGACAUCAAGCCCUGCGUCAUGUGAUGUCCCCACGGACCACCUGCAGACCAGAGGACGG